AUGUCUAAAAUUGCAUGUUUUGAUGUACAAUUUUGCGGAUGCCAAAAUAGACAUUUGGGUUACGAUGAAUUAAACGAUAUAGUCGGAAAGUCGAGAGUACAGUUCGUCACUGUCCGGCAUCCUAUGCAGAGAUUUUUGAGUGGAUUCGUGGACAAAUGUAUUCGUGUAGCCGAAUUGGAAAAAAAGCUAUGCUUGAAGUGUAACGGCAAUUUGAUUUGUUUCAUUGAAAAAUUGUAUUCGUAUUUGAACGACGUUCAUGCAAUUAAUAAGGCUUUCAAAGGCUAUAACUACGACCUUGCGCACUUCGCACCGCAGAAUUGGUACUGCGACUUCUAUAAUCAUUUUGAAGAUUAUAUUAUAAUUCGUCAAGGAGAAAACCGAGAAGAGAUUAUGGAACAUACGCAAAAACUGGAGAUGAUUCUUCGUAGUGCUAAUGUUCCCGACCGAUACAGAAAGGAGAUAAACAGAGAGCUGCUCACAAAUCUUAGAAAUUGUGAAAUUUGUGGGGAUAGCGCAGCCCAUGGUUUUACCACAUACCUGAAAGGCUUGACUCGACUUGCUGAUAAGUUUGGAAAUUAA